UUUCCACAUUCAUAGUAAGACUUUCAAGUAGUCGAAAUAUCAUUUUUAUUUUUUUCUUCAUGAUAUUAAAGUUAUGAAAUCUCGUGUAUUAAAAAUAAAAAAAUCAUGGUGUUUAACUUGCCAUAAUAAAACAGAAACAAUUGGAUCAGAUUCGAGCGAUCUCGAAAAUGAAGACAUGAAAUCUCCGAAAAAUGAAAAUUCCAAAUACGAAAACUUUAUUCCUUCGGAAACUAAGUAUAUGUAUGACCUUUUGGUCAUUGGGGGAGGAUCUGGUGGUUUAGCAGCAGCAAAAGAGGCUGUUGGUCUUGGAGCAAAAGUUGCGGUACUGGAUUUUGUUACUCCAUCUCCAAAAGGAACUACGUGGGGUUUAGGUGGUACUUGCGUUAAUGUAGGAUGUAUACCAAAAAAAUUAAUGCAUCAAGCUGCGCUACUUGGCGAAGCUGUUAGGGAAGCAAAAUCUUUUGGAUGGCAAUUACCAGAUGUAAAUACUAUUACAAAUGAUUGGGAAACUUUGAAAACUGCUGUGCAGAAUCAUGUAAAAUCAGUUAACUGGGUAACACGGGUAGAAUUGAGAACAAAAAUGGUUAAUUAUGUCAAUGCUCUGGGAUAUUUUAAAGAUCCUCAUACUGUUGUUGGUGUUAUGAAAAAUGGAGAAGAGAAAAUUAUUACUGCAGAUAAAAUCUUAAUCGCCGUUGGUGGAAGACCAAAGUACCCUGAUAUUCCUGGUGCCUUAGAAUAUGGAAUUAGCAGUGACGAUAUUUUCAGUUUAGAAAAAUCACCAGGAAAAACUCUUGUUGUUGGUGCAGGAUAUAUUGGAUUAGAAUGUGCAGGAUUUUUGAAUGGUUUGGGUUUCGAUGCAACAGUGAUGGUACGUUCAAUUGUGCUUAGAGGAUUUGAUCAACAAAUGGCUAAUAUGGUAGCUGAAGAAUUGGAAAGUCGUGGAGUCCAUUUUAUUUACCAAGCUAAGCCUAAGAAAGUUGAGAAACAAGCAGAUGGUCGUCUUUUGGUUGAUUGGGUUGACAAGGAUGGAAAUGUUCAUCAAGAUGUUUACGAUACUGUUUUAUUUGCCAUUGGUCGUCAAGCUCUUACAAAGCAAUUAAAACCUGAAAAUGCUGGACUUGAAAUUGUUCCGGACAAUGGAAAAAUUGAUGCACAAAACGAACAAACGAAUGUACCGAAUAUUUAUGCAGUCGGUGAUGUGCUUCAUAAAAAGCCUGAAUUGACACCUGUCGCUAUACACGCAGGAAAAAUGUUAGCUAAAAGAUUAUUUGCUAAUUCACAAGAUAAAAUGGACUAUACUAAUGUAGCUACAACUGUAUUCACUCCAUUAGAAUAUGGUUGUGUUGGACUCAGUGAAGAAGAUGCUAUUUCUCUACACGGUGCCGAUGAAAUAGAAAUUUAUCACGCAUAUUAUAAGCCUACAGAAUUUUUCGUGCCUCAGAAAGAUGUUUCUCGUUGUUAUGUUAAAGUGGUGGCACUUAGAAAUGGUGAUCAAAGAGUUUUGGGUAUGCAUUUUCUUGGUCCAAACGCUGGUGAGGUUAUUCAAGGUUUUGCAGCAGCUGUCAAGAGUAAAUUAACAUUCCCGAUACUUAAAUCUACAGUUGGUAUUCAUCCAACUAGUGCAGAAGAAUUUACACGACUUUAUAUUACUAAACGUUCAGGACUGGAUCCUAAACCACAAAGUUGUUGCAGUUAAAGUGAAUGCGAAUUUAAAGAAUGCUGUUCUGUAUGCUAAUUUUUGUAAUGUCAUUUAAAAAAUGAUAACUAUAAUGAUGAAAGUAUAGAUUUAUAAUUACCUUUAAAGUGGCCAACAAUAGGUUAUCUACUUAAAUAUAAUAAAAAGUUAAAUAUAUAAUAAAUAAAAAAUAAAAAUUCUAUAUAAU